AUGACACUCACGCAUUCAUCACGACUUGCCAUUGGUCUUUCUCGGUCCAUAAAACGUGGUUUCAGUCAAGCGGGUGAUCUCGGAAGCGGUAGUGGAAAGGGUGGUGGUACCGGUGGAUCGAUACGUGAUGCUGGCGGCGCUUUUGGAAAACGGCAGGCUGCGCGCGAGGAGGAAUAUUUCAAAAAUUUGGAAAAGGAGCAGUUAAAAUCGUUACGAAUGCAGUAUAAAAAUUUGCGCAAGGAAAUGGAGCGUGAAAUAGAAGAACAUGAAAGUCAUGCCCGUGAACAUAACGAGGCGGCUGAGCGUUUGAGACGUCGGAAGUUUUUGGAACCGCAGGAUAUUGUAAAUCCGCAGAAAAUGAGUUAUACGGCUUAUAAUACAGCGCUGUUUCCUUCAUUGCAAUUAUUUAUUACACUAUCUUGA